AUGAAGGAUGAACAUAAUAUUAAAUUCACUGCUCAAGAUUUAUAUGACAAGAAAGCAGACAAAACAGAGCUUCAAACAUUAAAGACAGAAAUGCUUCAAACAUUAUAUCCUAUAGGCUCUAUUUAUACGUCAAUGAACUCUACCAGACCAGAAACAGUUCUGGGUUUUGGAACUUGGACUCAAAUAGUCGACAGGUUUUUGUAUUGUGCAAACUCUUCAAAGGAAACAGGUGGAAGUAAAACGAUUUCAGGUGAAAAUUUACCUGCACACAGUCACUACAUAGAUUUAAGUACAUCUCAAGCAGGUUGGCAUAAGCAUAAAUUUUGGGAUUGGUCGGCAAUGACAAAAGGUAAAGGAUAUGAUGUUAAAGACAACGUUCAGUUUGCUAUAAAUUGUUUCUGGGGUAACACUCAGGGAGAUGGAAACCAUACACAUCGCGUUUCAGGAUAUACGCAAACAACGGGACAAAGUAAAGAAUACAUGCCACCUUACAUGACAGUUUACGCAUGGUAUAGAAAUGCUUAG